CUCAUGGGGACAAUUGCAGAAUCCUCCAGCUCAAUUUGUACCAUGUUCAUGAAUGCGUGUCUUCACACGAAGCAGCCAAUCCUCCUCCAGCCUUCUCUACACGUGGUCACAGCGUGGGAUUGAAAAUCCCUACGACGCGUACUGCGUACAACCCAACGAUCUUCCCAGUAAGUUUGCGCGUCCCACCGAUAAGUUAGCGCGUGAGUCCGGCCAUUGUCCUGGCUGGAUUUUGUACAGAAUUUCGUUCAAGGGCACGGGACCCCCGAAGUCAGCUCCAUCGCACGACGUUGCAAUCAGUGGCGCUUUUCAACCACUCAGAAUGACGCUUCUCUGACGAGUACGGGCAUGAACCAUGCCUACCUGGGCAGAUCAACGUCGACUUCGACCAUCGUGGCCAAGAGCAUGCGACAUGAUUCGCGCUUGAUUCGAAGAGGUGCCUCGACGUCACCAUCCCUAGUACUGCUUUCGAGAGCGACUGUUCCUUCGUUGACGCAGCUUCCUGAACCACGAUUCCACUCGAUCAUCCUUCCCUACGUUGGCGUCUGCUUGCACCUACUGCUUUGGGGAACGUCACACCCUCUUGGGAAGCCAGUCGAGAGAUCUUAUAACUACCCUACAAGUACUUUCUUCCCUCUGAACAGAUCCAUGUGACAUCUUCUCUGUUUUGCCUCCUCAGUACUCCUCGUCGCCAUGGAGAACGAGAAAGUUAUCAACGAAGGUUACGCACCUGAACAGGAUCGUCGUGUAUCAGUACAUACUGCUCCUCUCGAUGCCACACCCAAGACAAGAUGGGAACGAAGUUGGCCGACCAUCGCCUGUGGUGCCGGGCUCUUCUCUGAUGGCUACCUCAAUGGGGUCAUCGGAUCAGUGAAUACCAUGCUCAAAAUUCUCUACAAGGACGAAUACGUCAAUUCCGACGCCCAAAACAAUGUUACUGCCAUCGCCUUUGCUGGAACCGUCUUGGGCCAAUUAGUCUUUGGCUAUCUAUCCGAUCACUGGUCCCGACGCCACUCUCUACUUCUAUCGACCAUCAUCCUGAUCGUCUUUGCCGCCCUCAGUGCUGGCUCGUAUGGCGCCGGUGGCAGCAUUGGUGGUAUGUUUGCCGCUCUCACGGCAUACCGAUUUCUUCUGGGCAUUGGCAUCGGAGGUGAAUAUCCCGCUGGGUCGGUGGCGUGCGCCGAAGCGACCGGAGAACUCAAGCGCGGGCAUCGCAAUCGUUGGUUUAUUUGCUUCACGAACCUCGCAAUCGACGUCGGUUUCGUGGUCUCGGCCUUCGUCCCCAUGAUCAUGGUCUUAAUCUUUACCGAAAACCAUUUGCGCGCAGCGUGGCGUAUGUGUCUAGGCCUAGGUGUCAUUCCGCCACUGUCCCUUCUGUACUUGCGGAUCAAGCUUCAGGAACCCGAAGAAUACAACCGUAACAAAAUGAACCGCUACCCUUACUGGCUCAUUCUCAAGUUUUACUGGUUCCGACUCUCGAUCGUCUCGUUGAUCUGGUUCGUCUACGAUUUCUCCACCUAUUCCUUUGGCAUCUACUCCUCAUCGUGGCUGGCUUUGUUGCUGCCAGCGGAUGCCCCUCUCUGGAAGACGUUCGGCUGGAACACAGUCAUCAAUCUGUUUUACUGCCCCGGUGCGGUCCUAGGGGCUUUCCUGUCGGACAUUCUGGGUCCCAAGUACUGCCUUAUCCUAGGCGUCACGCUACAGGGGAUCGUAGGCUUCGUCAUGACGGCGAUAUACAAGCAUCUCGACCAACCGUCACAGGUUGGCGGAUUUGUUGUCAUGUACGGCAUAUUUCUCGCGCUUGGCGAGGUUGGUCCCGGUGACAACAUCGGGCUUGUCGCUUCCAAGACGUCGGCAACCUCUGUGCGGGGCAUGUACUACGGCAUCGCAGCUGCGAUAGGAAAGGUUGGAGCCUUUGUCGGAAACUACAUCUUUCCAGACAUUAUCAAGGCAGCCGGCGACAAUGUCAUCAAGCAGGGUCAGUACCCAUUCUAUGUGUCGAGUGCGUUGUGUAUCUUUAGCGGGUUGGUCGCGUUUAUCUUCCUCCCACACAUUGGCCAGGAUACCAUCACAGAAGAAGAUGAGAGAUUCAGAGCAUACCUCAUCGAGCAUGGCUACGAUAUUGACUCUUUGGGAACCAAGAAGUUCAGAGAGGAGAAGACUUCGUUGGCGACGAGUCCGUAAUGUCUGGUCAGGCUGGGUAGGCAGGGUGUAUGGAGAGUCGGAUAGUUCAAGGGGUGUGAAGGGGCUCAAAGCCACUGUUGCUGUCGUUGUCCUUGGAAUGGUAGGCGGACAUCGAAUGGAGAUAAGUCAGAUACUCUUCAACAAGUCCUGAAGCUGUUGCCUGAGAAACAUCC